UUUCGCAGUUUUAAAGUAGCAAAUUAUCGUUCCUGAAUAGGUGGCGCCGUGGUAGCGGAUCCUGUUCCUCUUCUUCCGGUUUCUGCACUGUGCACCUAUUUCAGUUAUAUUUUUAAUUAACGAUGCCAAGUACUUGUUGUUGUGUACCUGGAUGUCAUUUAAGAGGAGGACAUGCAUUUCCAAAUGACUUAAAAAGAAGGAAAAGUUGGAUCAACGCCAUGGCCCAUACGCAGAUUGGACGAGAACACGAUGAUAUCGUGGAGUCCAUCUCAAUCAGCUGUUGUUUGCAAGGCACGUUUUACUGAAAAAGACUACGUGCAGGAAACUAUUCAUGGGCGCAAACCCACCAUACAGAGACUUAAGUCUACUGCAAUUCCCAGCCUAUUUUCCUGGACCAAGCAAGAGACUGAAUCGUCCGCAAAAAGAAAAAUCAGGGCAGUUUCCUGUGAAAACAAAAGAACUAAACUUGAUGAAUAUUGUAGUAGAAAUCUAAAGGAAAGUUUUGAUUGUAAAGUUGGUUUUCCUGAAGAAGUCAUUCAUACUGCAGAAAGGAUUUAUGACUGUCCACCACCAACUGCCGAGCUAAUGUUGAGCUUUACAGAUGGAAUUACGCAAACACCAUCAAUGCCUAUGUUUUCAGCAGAGAAUUUUGAAAUGAAGACAUGUGUCACAGCCAUGCAUUUUUAUACCGGUUUAGAGUUGUAUACUAAAUUUUUAUUUGUUUUGACCACACUUGGUCCAGCAGCACAUUGUUUGAGAUACAUAUAUUUUCAAAUUGAUAGGGUGUCAGUUGAAAAUCAGUUUUUUUAUGACUUUGAUGAAAUUGAGGCAUCAUACAACCAACUUUGAACUGUCUAGAUUCUAGAUUGAAUCUAGUGUUAAGAAUAUUGUGUAUACAUGGAUUGUUUUUAUGUCUAAACAGUGGUGUGAGGCUAACACUUGGCCAUCUAGUGGUUUAGUCAGGUAUUUUUCACCAUCCAACUUUAAAUUAAAGUUUCCUACAACUUGGAUUAUUAUUGACGGCACAGAAUAUCCCGUGAUAAAACCUAAAGCUCCUAGAGCUCAGGCAACCUUUUCAUCAAAUAAAAACAGAAACACUGAAAAUUCUUGAAUAUUUGACACCUGGUGGUUUAGUCAACUAUGUCUCUAUGUCACAUAGAGCGAAUUAUUGGACUUGGCAAAACAUACAAAAUUCUAAUAAAUCCUAUGAAUGGAACUGAAACAAAACUUUCAUCUGAAAUAACAUUUAGUUGUUUUAUGUUGUGUAAUUUUAGAACUUGUAUUGUGCCAAAGGAUGCAUAAAUAAAAGUGACGCAAUG